AAAGAAAGAAAGAAAAACCAUUUACUGACCGAGUAAAAUGGCUGCUGCUUCUUCCUCUCUGAAGUUGCUAAAAAGAAUAUCAAUCAAUUCCAUCAUACACCAAUCACGCUUUUUAUCAUCUUCUUCAUCAUCCUCAAAUCCCACAUUUCUUUCUCAAUAUUUAAAUUACCCCCAUUCUGUUCCUCCUUCUUCUUCUAAUUCCAUUUUAUGUAAUAACAACAUCUAUAAUCAAAGUAGUCAUAUUUGUAGUCGUAGUAGUAGAAAUAUAUGUUCUAAUUCAGAACAAGGACCUGCCCCCAUUGAUUACAGUGCUUUGCUACAGGAGGAGGAAUUUCAUAAACUAGCCGAUGCAACAAUUCAAGAUUUGUUAGAGAAGAUAGAGGAAUAUGGUGAUUCUGUGGAUAUUGAUGGUUUUGACAUAGACUAUGGGAACCAAGUUUUAACCAUGAAGUUGGGGAAUUUUGGAACUUAUGUAUUGAACAAACAAACACCCAACAGACAGAUUUGGAUGUCUUCACCUGUGAGUGGUCCUUCAAGGUUUGACUGGGAUCGAACUGCUGAAGCUUGGAUAUACAGGCGAACAAAGUCUAAACUCUUGGAAAUACUCGAAAACGAAAUCCAGCAACUGUGUGGUGACCCAAUAAAACUUUCUUAAACCUUCUACUGUCACAAAAACUCAUGUUACUUGUACUUAAAAGAGCACCUUAUCUAUCUGGUGACUGGAUUUUGCAGUUUUUGGGUUUCUAUUAGCUCCAGUCCAGGCAAUAAAAGUUAUAUUUCUCUUGUU